ACAUAAAAAAAAUCCGGCAGAGAACCCGUCAGUAAACAUCGGGUACUCUAAAAAACAAGUACGCCUCGCUGGUCUUUGUUUCCUGGUUAAUUCUGUCGUCCAGCAUGGCUUGGACAAAAUAUCAGCUGUUCCUCGCGGGACUAAUGCUGACAACUGGAUCAAUCAAUACGUUAUCAGCAAAAUGGGCUGACUUGUUUUCAGCAAAGGGUUGCCGCGACGACCCCGAACAUGACUUUUCCCAUCCAUUUGUUCAGGCGGUGGGGAUGUUUCUUGGCGAGUUCAGCUGUCUCGUCGUCUUCUACAUCCUGCUGUUCCACGACAAACGCCGGCCCGAACCGCGGAUGAACCCCGGCCAAAGCUUCAACCCCCUGCUCUUCUUCCCUCCCGCCAUGUGUGACAUGACGGCUACCUCCAUCAUGUAUGUCGCUCUGAACAUGACGAGUGCCUCCAGCUUCCAGAUGCUUCGCGGGUCGGUCAUCAUCUUCACCGGUCUGCUCUCGGUGGCUUUCCUGGGGCGCCGCCUGCUCCCCAGUCAGUGGAUCGGCAUCUUCGUCACCAUCCUGGGGCUGGUGGUCGUCGGGCUGGCCGACUUCGUCAGCGGACACAAAGACGACACCCACAAACUCAGCGACGUCAUAACGGGCGACCUCCUGAUCAUCAUGGCUCAGAUCAUUGUUUCGGUCCAAAUGGUUCUGGAGGAAAAGUUUGUUUACAAGCACGACGUCCAUCCUCUUCGGGCUGUGGGGACUGAAGGAUUUUUCGGUUUCGUCGUCCUGACGCUGCUGCUCAUUCCCAUGUACUUCAUUCACGUCGGCAGCUUUAGCAACAACCCCCGGGAGGUUCUGGAGGACGCCUUAGACGCCUUCUGCCAAAUCGGACACAAACCUCUCAUCUUAUUGGCUUUGCUGGGAAACACGGUCAGCAUCGCCUUCUUCAACUUCGCCGGCAUCAGCGUCACCAAAGAGAUCAGCGCCACCACCCGCAUGGUGCUGGACAGCCUGCGCACGCUGGUCAUCUGGGUGGUGAGCCUGGCGCUGGGCUGGGAGAAGUUUCACGGCCUGCAGGUUCUGGGCUUCCUGGUUCUGCUGCUGGGCACGGCACUCUACAACGGCCUCCACCGCCCCCUACUGGCCAGAAUACCGUGGUGCGUGGAGAGGAUGAACCUCGGGGAGGAGGAGGGCAGCGGCGGCGAAAGAGACAGACUGCUGGAUAACGGGCGAGCACAGACGGCUGAAGACACAUAGACGGACUGACGCCGUCGCACGGACACUUUACAUCCAUGCUGUCAGCUCCUUUUAUGUGAAAGAAAAUCUUUUUAUGAAAUGUGGGAAAAAGAAAUUUUAUUUAAUAAGAAAUAAUGAAAAGGCACAUUUGUUUACCACACACAUGCAGCUCAAAGAUGUUUAUUUUGACUUUAAAUCCUGACCUCUCAUAGGAUCUAAUUUAAAAUUGAACACUCAUAGCAACCUUCUAGUUCCUUUGUUUAGUCUUUUCACAUUAAAAGCCUACUCUGAGAGAAGAAUUUGUUAAAUCUGAGCUUUGUCGCAAUUAUUUUUAGGAGGUUAAGUGACUCAUAAUCAUGACAAAGCAAAUUCAACCACUUUUUCCGCUUAAAAAGCUGAAAUCUUCAGGUUUUUUGGUCACAGACGUUUUUUAUUUUUGUAUUCAUCAUCACUUCAUCAUCAAUUUGGAAAUGCUGACAUAUUUUUAUCAUAUUCUCUAAAAAUGGACCCACAAAAUAACAAAUGUUAGUAUUUUUAAGGUUUUUAAGAAAAAAAAACACUAAAAAGGAGCAAGAGUUAGUUCUGCAAUAUUUCGUGCCAAGUCGAUAAAGCAAAAAAAAGUCAUUUCUGAACUGAAGGACCAAAAUCUAACAGAAUAAAGUGUUUAGGAAAUGAAUUUUCAUCUGAACAAGUUGGUUUUUGUGAUGAAUCAGAGCUUUUUUUUGGAUUGUGCCAUGUUUUUUUCAGGAAUGUGCUUUGGAGCCGCACUACAAACGGACUGUUUUCUGAGUCAAACUGUUCUGGAUUUGUCUUUGACUUGUCUCACUGAUCCGCAGUGUUGAUUGAAAUACGAUUUUUAAUGAACACGUCAGAGCUAAUACGUCUGUUGUCACGGUUUCCCUUUAAGAGUUUUCUAAAUAAUUUGCUGCAAACGAACAGAAAAAGGGAAACUUCUAUCAGGUUUUUCUGUCUGCUGUUGACAAAAGAGGCGUUUAAAGACGUCCAGGUGAAUGAAUGAAAAUUCAGUCGAAAAAUGUGUGACCCUUUUUGAUCCAAAACAAUUGAAUACGUUUAAGAGAAUUAAAAAGAUGAAAUGAAA